AUGCAACGAGCAAGUUCAAUCCCAAUUCCUGCCACAAGACCAACGUCGAAGCCUUCAUCUGCAUCUGCAUCAAUAAAACCACCCUCUUCAUCUAUUAAAUCACCAUCGGCAUCUAUCAAAUCAUCACCACGAUCUAGUUCUAGCACUACAGCUCCGACACCGCGACCUUCGACCAACAGAUCAUCACUUCAUCACAAGAACAAUGCAUUCGGUGCAUCAUCCAGCAACAACAAUGUAUCAUCCGGAUCAUCGUCACUAAACAAGAUUAUACAACAAGGACGAGCUUCAGGUCGCAUAAACUUGUCGGGGCAAUCUCUGAUCGCAUGGCCUGACGCUCUCUUUGAUGAAUCUGUCGGAACUGCUCCAGUCACGAACGUAUCGCUUGAUCGUUCUGACAAUGAUGUGUCUUGGUGGGAGGUGUCUGAAUUGACUCGGUUGGUAAUAGCAGACAAUCAGAUAGCAAGUGUAGAUCCACGGAUAUCCCAAUUCGAAGCACUAGUUGCUUUCGACGCUCAUAACAAUCGGAUACAAGUCAUUCCCUUAGAAGUACAAUCUCUGAUCAACCUCACACACCUAAACCUAUCAACAAACGCACUGACCAGUCUCAUUGACGAACUCUUUGAUCUGCCAUUAGUUGAACUGAACGUCUCUGCAAACAAGCUCGUCGAGAUACCAGACUCUAUAUCUCGCGCUACUCGACUAUCAACACUGGACGUAUCAGACAAUCAGCUAAUCGGUGACUUAUGCAAUAUCUCCUCUUGUCUCAACUUGACGAAAGUGAAUGCUAGCAAGAAUGGAAUCACAAGGACCUGUAAUGUGGCAUGGGGCAGAUUGAGUAAAUUGAUUGAUUUGAAUCUGGAGAGUAAUUCGAUUGUUGCGCCACUGUUUGGUGAGAAUCCUGUUACCUUGCCGGCUUUGACGAGGCUUGAUGUUAAGUAUAACAAAUUGACACACCUCAACGACCCAGUAUCAACACCCGCUUUGACCGAUUUAUACAUUUCCUACAACCCAUGUAAAUCCAUCUCAACAACCAUAUUGUCAUCCUCAUCGAAACGGCUAGCGACUCUUGAAAUGCGUGAUUGUGCAUUCGCUGAAUUGCCAUCAAGUAUCAAAACACUGAAUGAAUUGACGAGACUCGAUGUUAGUAAUAAUAGUUUAACGGUAUUGACUCCUGAAUUGGGAAAUUUGAGUAAAUUGAAUGUCUUGUCGUUCGCUGGGAAUGUGAUUAAAUUGGGAAUACCUUCUGAUUCUGGGACUGUGAAGGUGUUGAAGUACCUACGAGACAAGAUUGCGCCAGCGGAACAAGAGUCAAGCAAGAGAAGCAAUGGUGCUUCCAUAAUACUAUCACCAACCUCGAAAAUAUUAGACCUCUCAAACAAGAAUUUGGAAGCACUCCCGGAACUACCCACAACUACUCCAACAGCAAUCGAAAAGCUAUACUUAGCUCAAAACAAACUCUCUGCCCUCGCCAUACCACCUCCAAUCUCAUCGCACCUAACAGAACUAGUCCUACACCAUAACUCGUUAACCGAAUUCCCGUCCGGUGACUAUCCCGGACUUCGAUUACUAGAUUUGAGCUAUAAUUCUAUUAGUGUCAUACCAUCAUUAGCACAAGGAUGCAGUUUCCCGAAAGUCGCAGAUUUGAAUCUGAAUGGGAAUCGCAUAACUAGGAUGCCUAAUGAGCGUGUGUUUCCUAGCCUGUCGACGUUACUAGUGUCGGGGAAUCAGUUACGGGAUGUCUCUGUUGUAUUUGUGCAAGGGUUGGUGCAUUUGGAUUUGAGUAACAACUCCAUCACACAAGUGCCUCCUGAAUUGGGAUUGAUUAGUACACUCAAGUCGCUGAAUCUGAAUGGGAAUCUGUUCAAAGUUCCAAGGCAGCAGAUAUUAGCUAAAGGGACUGAGGCCAUCCUGGAACAUUUACGUGGGAGGAUAGCACAGUGA